UCCAAACGCACAUCAAACUUCCACUGGCGCUCCCGAGGAUGAUCUGAAGGAGGCCUUUCCGAAGUUGCAGACGGUCGGAUUUUGAAAGGAAGAUGACAUUGGAGCCAACGGCAUCUUCUCUUUGGCACAAACCGGCCGUUUAACCUCGUAAUUUAAUUUCCAUCCAGUCCAGCCAUCCCACAGUCUAUUGAAAGGUGAGGAUGGAGCGCGCACCCAGCGCCCCAAGUCCUCCUCCCAAAGCGGCCCAGCACGAACCCAUCAGCUUCGGUAUCGACCAGAUACUCAGUAGCGGUGCUGACUCAGAGACCGGAAGGACCAGCAGCAGAUACGGUUCGGAUACAAGCAGUGGAGACGGUUACCGUCUGGGAAGCCCAACUGGAGGGAGCGCUGCCUCCUACACUGCGCUGUCCAUCUCCCUCUCCGGCAUGGUACCACAGUUAGAGGACCCUGGUUUGUACGGAGUGAACUGUAGCCUGGGUAGCAGAGGAGUGAUCCGGGUGCCUGCUCACAGACCGUUAACUACCUCCGGGCCGCCGCACUUGAUGAGCGCUGUACCCGGGUAUGGAGGCCUAUGUUACCCGUGGGUCGGGAAUAGGUUCGCCAAGGAAAGGUUAUCAGCUCUCGUGCCAUUUACGGUGACCAGGCGAAUAGGUCAUCCAUACCAGAACCGCACGCCGCCCAAACGGAAAAAGCCUCGGACAUCGUUCUCCCGUGUGCAGAUUUGUGAGUUGGAGAAGCGCUUCCACCGGCAGAAGUACCUCGCGAGCGCCGAGCGGGCCACCCUUGCCAAGAGCCUGAAGAUGACCGACGCGCAAGUCAAGACCUGGUUCCAGAACCGACGGACAAAAUGGAGGAGACAGACAGCGGAGGAAAGGGAGGCUGAGCGUCAACAGGCCAAUCGACUGAUCCUGCAACUGCAGGCCGACGCCCUCCACAAGUCCCUCGGCGAAUCAGCAGGCUCCGACCCACUGUGCUCACAUAACUCCUCCCUGUACGCCCUGCAGAACAUGCAGCCCUGGGCCGAGGAGAGGGAGUAGGAGGAAGACUCCCCCAACCGCUGUUCCAGGGUCACACAUUUGUUCAUCCGUCCAAUUGGGGUGAUCUGAUCUGAUCCUAGAUGAUUUGUUGGUGCCAAAAUGGAGGGUAUGGACAGUGUGAUGCCCCUUUGAGAUUGUGUAGAGACGAGGCGUCUGAUAGGACCACACCCUCAACCUGAAUGAAUGACUGCACUGUCGACAUUACACAAGCACCGUUACCAGUGUCCGCAAGUGUUUUUACCCCUAUCUGGCCUUAUGUCACAUUCCACACUGUGACUCUAUGGCUGAAGACUGAGGUUGUAGACUAAAAUUGACAGGGAAGAAUAGGAGGAGGAGUGUGUGUAAGGUAGAGGGAUAUGUAGAGGGAGGAAAUGGACAGGGGGGCAGAAGGAUGCAUGUCAUGCUGGUAAUGAAACUAAAACAUCCUCUAAAGUUUCAUUUGUGACACAUUUCCUAAUAGGAUGUAAAUGUUUCAUAAUUUGUACUUAGGAUGUAUACAUAUGUAAAUAACGAUAUAAACACUUCACUUGAGAUCAUUUUGUUUAUGUUUUUUUGUGACAUAGAGACAUGAAUGGAAAGCUUUCAUUGCUCACAGCCUCUCCCCCUUGCUAAAGAAGACACUUCAAAAAGGUCACUAGUUUCUUUGAAAAGUUUAUUGUUAAAUAUCAUUUUGUACAACAUUUCAAUAUACACUGAUGUGAUUUUUUUCCCCCUUUCUGUCUGUCAUUCUCAGUCUGUUAGUCUCACCUCUCUGUGCUUUGCUGAUCAUGAAUCUUGAUAUUGUAUAAAAGUAUAGGUGAAGGUAAGGUAAUAGGGGACUGUGAAAUAAGAGAUUCUGUGUUUUGUUGUCAGUAAGUCUUCACAUUGAUUAGGCUAUUGUCAUCACCACCCAUGUCAUGGCUUUCAUUCCUGUAUUCUCAGUGACAAGGUCUCUCUCUCUCUCUCUCUCUCUCUCUCUCUCUCUCUCUCUCUC